AUGCGGCUUCCGCGUGACCUGCCCACCUCAAGAAUUUACACACUCUACUGGGUUUGGAACUGGCCUACGAUUACGGAUAAAUGCAAAAUUGCAUCGCCGCAAUUAUAUACUUUAUACCUAAAUAUUAAACUUCGGACCGAAAAAAUUUCAAAUAAAGGUAACAUUGCGUUUAUAAGCAACCAGGACCCCAAUAAUAGGGUGCCGCUUUCCGCAUUCAUCUAUGACCCCUUCGUGGGAAGGGGGCGGCACCCGACUCUUGUGAAAAAGCUUAUGCGUGUUUUUAGGAGAACCGGAUGUCGUCCGCACCUAAGGGAAAAUCAUGUUCAAGGUCUAGUCGACGCAAGAACCCUCUCGCGUAUUAAUAACAGGUUGCAAAUUUCAGGGGAGAAUUUACUGCCGACGAUCAACACAGGCGGAAGUCAUCCUACCAUCAAGCUAAAACGAUGUAUACUUUGCAUGGAUGGCCAGCAAAGGAUUGCAGCUGCCGAGAAAAUGUUUGGGUUGGAAUACACAUGGACCGUGCGGUUGUAUUCUGCAACGAGAGGUAGCCCACACAAUCGUAACCCUGCAUUGUCAUUGAGUUACCGUGCUGAUGAGUACUCGACAGGAUUGCGGCAAAUAGCUUGCCACCAAAUGCCGGCAUUUUCCCGCCAAACAAAGUUUUCCGACGGGAACAUUUAUUACCACAUCCGCAAAGCGCAAGAGACAAAGUCCUGGAAACUAGCACAGAGUUACAGAGUGGAGCUCACACAAUGUAAAGAGAAGAUUCUGAACCAGCUUAUCCAGCACCACUUGACAGGCAUAACUGAAGGAUAUGUAGCUGCAAGAUCCUUCAUAGAAGCAUUGGACCUUCUUUUGCCGUACCCCGGACUAUUGGAGGGGCUGGAGCUUGCUAAUUGGCAUAGGUACCUAGCCCUGCAUUGGGACGAACCGAUCGUUCACUUUUUAAGCGAUCAUCUGUAUUCGACAUACGAGCUCAUUGUUGAAGGAGUCGCGGAGGCGAGGAAGUAUUGCGAUAUAACGACAAACCUGCCCGAAAAACUGUCGUGGACUCUGCCCACCAAUCCCACAAUAAAAGCAGCCGAUGGACAUGUAACAAUCUCUAACAUGGACCAAAAAAUAGCAUUAAAGGCAUUAUUUCUCACUGCAAUCCGUUCAUUUCCAUAUCUUUCUUCUAAUAAACCGAAACAGGACGUGCGAAGGGAAGCAACUGUAGCAAACGUCGACCCUGGAUUUGUAUAUCUGCUUCAAGCUGAGGCCAAAAAUUUAGGCCUCUCGUCAUCCAAAAUCGAAAAGGCAUUGGCUGGACACCAACCAAUCCCUCGGAGUAUAAAAACUCGUGAUCAGGAGAUUUACUGUGACUGGAAAUGCGGCAAACCAAAUCUACGUGCCUUUAUUAACCUUCAAAAGCAUGCAUUCCUCCCAGACUUGGCAUCGGUACAUGGGAAAGACGGUCUUGUGCCGUUGUUUGUGUUUCGGGACUUUAUGGAAGCCUUCUUUGGGAACGACGCAUUUAUGGUAGAAAUUGAGCCUCCGGAACAGGGUCAUACUGGUGCGAGCGCCUCGAGUUUCCCGGGCGGAACCCGCCCAAAUGUGCGUCGUGACAUCGCUGACACCGGCGCGAUGGAUGUUGAUCGAACCCCGGAACAGAGUGAUGGCAACACCUUGCCUUCACCUACCGACAGAACACGGCCGAAGCAUUCGCGUGUCAGACAAAAGCGACAUCACCCUUACAACCGGGCCGCUAAACAAGGAGCUUCGGGAUCGCAGACCCGCCAACGACGCAGCAGGAGUUCAAACGAAGUAAUCCUUAAUCAAGACGUAUCAAUGUCUGAGGCAGAGGCAGCUAUAGCUGACAGAGACCGAAUGCAACGCUCCGCAAUGGACCGUCGGAAAUCCACGCUGGAUCCAGAAGACACUCGGCUCGCUAUGGCACCAAAACCGUCUAAAGUAGCAAAAAAGAAGCCAGACAAGGGCAAGGGGAAGGCCAAAGCUGAGGUUUUAAAUCAGCUGCUUUCACAAUCGCCUGGUUCAAGAAAAACUCCGAGCCAGUCUGUGAUUGUUCAGCCGACCGCGAGAAUUCAGCCUACACACAAACGGCCUGGAGGCCCCAGUACAGCGUUAGCGGAGAAUCCACGUGGCAGCCCGCCAGAAUCCCCAUUCAUCGCACCUCCUGAUCUAGGCCUGCCCAGUAUAGCGACGGAAGAGGAGAAUCCCCGCGACCGGCCAAGAUCGCCGCCACUCGUUGCACCUCCUAGCCCCUACAGAACGAUUACGGCUGCAGAAGUAGAUAUUGGUCAGUCUUCAAAAACCGUUGCUUCAGCUGCUCAAGGAUUGCCUGAGCCGCACAUUGACCGGAACCCCGGUAAAAAAAGAAUUGUUAAAACUGGGGUGAACACUGUGGAGAUUCGGCAGCCCGCUAGAACCGACCCUCCACUCAAACGCCCCAGGAUAGCAACGAGAAUGGUACCUUCUAACAUAGCGAUGGAAGACGAGAACCCCCGUGACCGGCGAAGAUCGCCCCCAUUCCUGGCACCUCCUAAUCCAAGCCUGCCUAUAAUGACGACGGAAGACGAGAACCCCCGCGACCGGCGAAGAUCGCCCCCAUUCCUGGCACCUCCUAAUCCAAACCUGCCCAGAGCGAGGGAAGAGCAGAAACCCCGUAACAACCCCCAAACAUCCCCACUUGCUGCACCUAGUCCAAAUACGACCGACCGACCACGUCAGUCAACAGCAGACAGGCGUCAGCGUACGGAUGCAACCAAUUCGGCGGCGCAAGCGGGAGUUCCCCACCAAAACCCCCAAUUUGUCUCUUCAGGCCCGCCAAACCAAGAAGCGAGAUCGAAAGCAGUCGGCCGUUGGCUCACCCCAAAACCGCCAGUUAUGACUCCACCUAGUCCAACUUCGUCCAACCAACCAUUUCACAAGAUCAUGCAUCAAAACCAAAAGCCGCAGGCAGUCAAAUCAGACCAUCGAGCGGCCGACACAGAGACAGGCGAGUCCUUCGCACAAACAAGAAUAGCAUUAUCGGGUUCUCCUGAAUCGACGUCAUGA